AUGUCUGAGAAUAACUUUAAUCAAAAACUCCAAACUGAUAUUUUAUCAAGAUACUCUGAUUUACUAAGAGACAAUCCAUAUGUAGGAGAAAAUUCUUUUUCAGAAUAUUUAUAUUAUUUUUCAGAGUACAACUUUUUAUCUAAUAUUUUUCCUAUUCAUAAUUUGUGUCAUAAAUUGGAAGAUUUCUAUUUUACGUGUGGAAUUCAAGGUUUUGAGGAUUUAAUUAUCAUUGAAUCAAUCUAA